CGCGCCGCUUGUUGCAGGCUGGGCGAAGCGCUCGGAGCGCGCCUGGCUGCCGCGCGCCUGGCUGUCUGAGCCGAACGAGUUCUCCUCCUCCUCUUGCACAUUCUCCUCCUCUUUUUCUUCCUCCCCCUCCCCUCCCGCCGCGCUUUGUUGGUGCCGAACGGGCGGCGGGCGGCGGCGAUGCCCGAGUUCCUGUCGGACCCGUCGGUGCUGACCAAGGAGAAGCUGAAAAGCGAGCUGAUCGCGAACAAUGUGAGCCUGCCGGGCGGCGAGCAGCGCAAGGACGUGUACGUGCAGCUCUACCUGCAGCACCUCACCGCCCGCAACCCGCCCGCCGCCGCGCAGCCCGACUUCUCCAGCGACGAGGAGCGCGAACCCACGCCCCUGGGCGCCCGCAGCCGCGCCGCCGGCAGGAAAGCCACAAAGAAAACUGACAAACCCAGGCCAGAGGAGAAGGAUGAUCUAGAUAUAACGGAGAUGAGUAAUGAAGAUCUUCAAGAGCAACUUGUAAAGUAUGGAGUAAAUCCAGGCCCAAUUGUAGCUACUACUAGGAAACUCUAUGAGAAAAAGCUAUUGAAACUGAUGGAGCAAGGUCCGGAACUGAAAGCGCCUAUUCCUCUGCCUGCAAUUUCUUCAACUGCUGAGAACACCAGACAGAAUGGAAAUAAUGAUUCUGAUCAGUACAGUGACAAUGAAGAAGAUCCGAAGACUGAGCUAAGGCUUGAGAAGAGAGAACCAUUGAAAGCCAAGACGAAGGUUUCAGUAGCACUCAAACAAAGAAGAGUAGUUGACCACAACCAGACCUAUUCUCAAGAUGGAGUUACUGAGACUGGCUGGACAAGUGGAUCUUCAAAAAGUGGACCUCUACAGGCAUUUUCUAGGGAGUCUACAAGAGUGUCAAGAAGAACACCAAGGAGAAGGGUGGAAGCUACAGCACAGUUGCCUGUAGAUGAUGCUGUAAUAACAGCGAGUACUCCCAUAGCUGAAAAUAUAUUGACUGCAAGCAACGAGACCCUAGUUGUCAAUAGGGUGCCUGGAAAUGUCAAGCAUGCAGCUCCUACACUGUCAAUCAGUGAACUCUCAGACAUGCCCAGAAGAACACCAAAGAAACCAUUGAUCACAGCUGAACAAGAAGAGACAGAUUGGCCUCAUCAGUGCUUUUUUAAUGUUGGCCACAACCAAUCUUGUGAUCUGCUCAACACAGCCAUGAUAGAGGUGCUGGAGAGAACUCAUACAGAAGAACGAAGAGUAGAAAGGGAUAUUCUUAAGGAAAUGUUCCCUUAUGAGGCGUCAACACCUACAGGAAUUAGUGCUAGCUGCCGUAAACCAAUCAAAGGAGCUGCUAGCCGGCCUAUAGAGUACAGCGACUUCAGAAUGGAGGAAAGUUUCUCUAAGUACGCUCCAAAGUACAGUACCUCAACUGACAUCAAGACAGAGAAGCCACCAGUAAAAAAAGAACGCUCCAUUCCCCUGUGGAUAAAAAUUCUUCUAUUUCUUGUUGUUUUGGUCUUCUUGUUUUUGGUUUAUCAGUCGAUGGAAACUAAUAGAGGAAAUCCUUUCUCUGAAUAUCGGAGUAUGCCCUUUCAGGGCGAUGCCAAAUGAGUAUCCUUCUGAAAGGCACACCCGAUUUGAUCUCCUAUUUUUAAUUGUAGAGAACUAUGAUUCUUCUGCCCUCUCAUCGGCUCAAGGACUUCUUAGAAUUAAUGUGAUUGGAACCUGAUAAAUUGGAUGAAUGAAGCAAGAGAAUAUUACAUGGACAUCGGUAACAUUUUGGACUUUGGAGAUCACUUUGCCGUAGAAGUAACAUUUUUUAGAUCUUUGAACUUUUUGUAGGCUUUAUUUUUUUAAUGUGGUCAUUCUUUAAAUUCAUUUUUGAGAAACUGUAUAUUUGUUUUUGUAAGAACUUGAAAGCUGAGAAGGGCAAAAAUGUAGUAAAAUGUGAAGCUGUGUUUUUAAAGUUUUUCCUUUGUACAGAAAAGAAGUUGUACUUUUCUAUGGAUUAUUGUAGAGGAGGAUUUUAAUGCAGGUGAUAAAGGGAAAUGCAUUUUUAAUGCAUUUUUACAUUGACAGUAUAAUUGGAUUUGAUCUCUUUUAGAAUGAAGGGAGAGUACAGCCCCAAUCUUUUCUGUGGAUUACUGUAACUUUUUAGUAAAUGUAACUGUAAACCUGUUUGCAUUUCUGUAAAAGUCUUAGUAUCAUAUUAGUAACUCUGUUUAAGUGUAACAUUUAAAUGUAUCCCUUCAUUUUAGUGCUUACAGUGUUGUAGGAGCCAAAUACAAAUCUAAUUGGCAAGAGAUGUCUUAGAGGAACUUAUUUAUUAGUAAUAUGCGUGGAAAAUAAAAACUACAUCAAUAUAAUUUGCUACUAAAAUACUUUCUGAG